AUGAGCGUUUUUACCAGUAUCAGCACCCGUUCUCUCUCCCCAUCUUCACCCCCAAACCCUAUUUCAGAACUCAAAAAACCUUUAACUCUCUCAUCCCCUUCUUCAAAGCUCUUCACUCUAUCAAACCCAUCUCUGAAUUUUACAAUCGCAGCAAGAACUAGACCUUUUUUGCCCAUCAAUGCUGUGACAGAGGACAUAGAAGUUGAUACAGCUGAUGAAAACAGUGAUAAUGUCGAAGAUAAACCUUCAACUACAAGAGAAUCAGAGGGCAUCAAGAAUAUUACAUCUACAUCUUCAGAUAGAUUGCUUAAUGCUGCUAUUGUUCUUGGUGCUGGCACUCUCGCCAUCACUAAGUUGCUAACUAUUGAUCAUGACUACUGGCAGGGAUGGACUCUUUAUGAGGUUUUAAGAUAUGCGCCUGAGCACAAUUGGAUUGCUUAUGAGGAAGCUCUUAAAAAAAAUCCGGUAUUUGCUAAAAUGGUGAUAAGCUGGAUUGUUUAUUCUUUAGGAGAUUGGAUUGCUCAAUGUUAUGAAGGGAGACCCCUUUUCGAAUUUGAUCGAACGCGCAUGUUUAGAUCUGGGCUUGUCGGAUUCACUCUCCACGGAUCACUUUCACAUUAUUAUUACCAAAUUUGUGAGGCUCUUUUUCCUUUCAAGGAUUGGUGGGUCGUCCCUGCCAAAGUUGCCUUUGACCAAACUGUGUGGGCUGCAGUUUGGAACAGCAUUUACUAUAUGGUUUUGGGUUUGUUGCGCUUGGAAUCACCAGCUGAUAUUUUUCACGAGUUGAAAGCUACAUUUUGGCCUAUGUUAACGGCAGGCUGGAAGCUUUGGCCUUUUGCUCAUGUAAUAACUUAUGGCGUGAUUCCCCUAGAGCAAAGACUUCUAUGGGUGGAUUGUGUGGAGCUCAUAUGGGUCACCAUACUGUCAACUUACUCGAAUGAGAAAUCAGAAUCGCGAAUAUCUGAAGCAUCAGUGAAAGCUGAAUCAAGUUCUUCAACAAAUGAAUUUCCCAUGGAGGAGGAAUGA